AUGAACGCUUUGUGUCUUUUCCUUGCCUUCGCUCUCCUCAUCAAUUCCAGCAUCGCUGGACCAUCAAACCGUUAUGGAUGGCCAAGCUCUUAUGAGCGAUUCUUGGAAAAGCAAGGUGUUUGGGACUACAAUCGUCAUGACGUUAGAGACUCCUACAGACGUCGUGGAAACUAUGAAAGCGACCUCCGUGAUUUGUACGAUGACUGGAAGAGACAAACCCACUGGGGACAGAAGGACUAUCGAUCUAACAGAUUCCAGAAGCCAUCUCGUGGUUACGGACGUUAUGGAUUCCCAGGAAAGUAA